AACUCGCGUUGAGGCAGCAGCUGGGCGGAAAAGGCGGGAGAAGACUGCCGCUUCCGCGUCCGCGCAGAGACACAACACUAGGGCAAAAUGGACGAAAAGUUAAUAAUGGCUGUAUUUAGUCACCCAGAGCUAUUUAAUGUCACUUUACCGAACUACCGCUGCACGGAAAGUCGCACAAAUGCUUGGAGAAUGAUUAGCAUGGAACUGGGUCUGCCAUCUGCAGCGGCGCGCACCGUGCUAGCGGUAGCAGCCGCAGCUCGCACGCCGCAGGCCGCGUUGCACCGAACGGCUCCAUCCGGCUCCUCCGCACCGCUGACCGCGUGUCGAGUACGGCGAGGCGGGGGAGGAAGCAUGCUCAGCGGCGUCACUGAUCCACUCCUUAUCACAACGGGCUCCACAUAAACGAAUAGCUUGUUGAAGUGCCAUGGAAGCGGCGUCAGCACCACAUCAUCUGAGGAUUGUAAAAGAAAAUGGAAGAACAUGAGAGACCGGUACUUGAAGGAAGUCCGAAUGGAGAUCAAGAGCAAGAAGCAAGGCGAGUUUGCGCACAGUAGAUGGAAAUACAGAGAAAUUAUGAACUUUAUCGCACCUUUUACUGGAUCAAGAAGUGGCGUGGCAGACAUAAAUGACAAUGACCAUGACAACGCUGAUGAGUCUGGCAGUGUUGAGGGAGAAACGUCACCGUCUGAGGCGAUCAAGACACUGCAGUCCGCCCUGAAGGUCAAUAUGAAUACACCUGACCUCAAGCCCCCGGUGGCGUUUAUGUCGCAGCUCCCGUUGAUGUCUCAAGAAGCACAGAUGGCCCAGCUGGCUGUUCUGGCUAAGAUGCCAUUGAGCCAACACGCCCCCUCCACCAGCAAAACUGGACGUAAACGGCGCCUGAUGCAAGAGUCACUUCCACUGUCUCUUUCUCCAAUUGCUCAGUCCCCUACAAAGUGGCUGGUCAAAGACAAUGGCACUGUGUUUCCCAACAGGCCGCGGGAUGAGGAUGAACUGUUUCUUCUGAGCUUUGUACCCGCUCUGAAGCGACUUGCUCCACAAAAAAGGUGCGAGACAAAAAUAAAGAUCCAGCAGAUUAUGUAUGAAGCAGAGUUUAACAUUGCACAGCCUCAAGAGAAACAGUCGGAGCCAUCAGCACAGGACUAAGCCAAAAGGACUAUUUUUCUACUAAUAGUUUUCUAAAAAUCUCUUCCAGGAAAUGCCCAAAAUAUUUAACUUUCUUUGGUACAUCACAAGUGGUUAGGUUUUGUUUUUUUUAUGUAAAAUAAUUAACAAUGAAUAAUUUUACUUGCCAUUUAGCAAGUUGAGUUUUUCAAUACCACUGUGGUGUGUCUUGAUUUAGAUCAGAUGAGUAAAGUCAGUGAGAGAAUUAGGCCCUAACAGAUUAACACAUCAAUUAUGACAAAAAACAAACUAUGAUUUAACAAUUUUAUUUACAUAGCUUUACUGUCAAUAGAAUGAAUUCACAUUUUGAAAAGUGGUUUCAGGUUCAACCAGCAAAUCUUCAUUUCUGUAAUAAUCUACAGUAUUUUACAUUAAAUUACAGUGACAGAGAAAACUGAGGGGAAACAAACGAUUUGGAGAGGAACACCGUUUCAUAAAUUAAUAUUUGAGCUGUUAACAUGCAUCAACAUAUUUCUUUUCAAUCCGAAAUAAAGAGAACAUUUCUAACAUU